CCCUGGAUAUAUACUCAUCUCAGCUAGACCGACAAAUCCUCCCUCUAGGUUAGGUACCUAUCUAACUUCCCUUUUCGCAGCAAGUUCCCCCAAGAGACUGGACUGGACUGGGCUGGAUAGAAACAAGUCUUUCACCGCUUCUGCCCUACGGCGAAAGUAAAAGAGAACCAACGUUUAUACGGAUUGACGUGCGUACACUUGUAUGCGGGAUAGGAUAGGGCUUACGCAGCCUUCUUGACUUCGGUAGGGUUAGGGCGGCGCUGCUAAGGUAUCAAUCGGAGUUAAUCCAGGUAGGUAUACCAAUCGGGGUUCCGAGCAUCGUAGUGUAGUAGUGCUUAAGCCUCUCAACAACUAUCUGUCGCCAUCAAAACUACCAGGUUCUGUGUGAUUCUUCAACGACACACCACUCAAGAAACAAUCAUUUUAUACAUUAUUCUGGAGAAAAUAAUCCUAAUUAUAUCGUCGUUCAAUCAUUUGUUCGUGCGAUUGGCUGUUAACUUGGCUAUUUCAAUCUCCAACGUCUUCUUGCCUCUGCCGGUUGCGGUAAGACACAGGCGAAGCGUCUCCAGUGUAACAGGACAGCUUGGCGAUAGUUUCAAUCUUGCCAAGACCGUUUCAACGAACCGAAACAGCUAUGCCUUACGCUGAUAACUUGUACUCCAUGACCGAUGAAUCAGAUGGCGGCGAUGACUAUGCUGAUCAAUUAUCGCCUACGGAUGGUUACUUCUCCUCAUCAUUACUAUCCUCCCACCAUGCCAUUCCAAACGUACCAAACAUCUUAAUCCCCGACUCAACGCUCCAGCAGACAUUAGAGUCUGGUGCUGAAUCAAAAGCUCGGGAAGCAGAAGCGGAAAGCUCCUCGUCAGGAUAUAGGAGAGUAGGAGAUAGUUCUCAGAACUACGACCACACUGCCGCAACAUCAGGCAUCACCGAACAAGUUAGUCAUUCCGAACAGCACGCGACUAGCAGCUCGGCUGCACCACAUCAACAGCAACCCAAUCCCGCGCUUGCGCAUACGUACUUGCAUUCGUCAUCAUCACAUACCUCUUUCGGAAUCUACCCAACACGAGGGCGGACUCUUUCCGUAUAUUCGGACGCGCCACCAGCGUAUUCACCACCGCCAGCCUCACCCCCCUCGUCCACAGCCAACCAACAGCGCCAAUCUAUAAGUUACAGCACAUUCAAUUCUACCAUGGGUGUGCAGGAUAUCUUCGAGAAUGAGAGGCUGUUAGCCAGAGAUCCCGAGAGCAUCGGCCAACCAAUUGACGAAGAACAUGGUGACACACCGCACUGGACUCGACGAGUCAGGAGACGGCUGCCUAUGUGGCUCGGUUGGAGUGGUUCGGUGCUUAGCCUGAUUAUAAUGGCUAUCUCGAUCUUCGUGGCCGUCAAUUAUUUGCGAACUAUAAACGGAGAUGAUCAUAGAAAAAUAAUUGGGGCGCAACCCGUCGAAGGAUCACCACCAUCGGAGCCCAUAAGGGAGCCUGUGACUGAACCCGGGACUGAUGUGCCUGUGGUUGUCGGUCCCUUCCAGCCAACUUACUGCGAUAAUGCUGUGCACCGCUUCGAGGACCAGAUCCUAGGCCUCAACUUUGAUAGGAACCACAAUAUUACUUUCAUGGAAAGCCAGCAUGCGCACUCCGGAAACGCCCAGGUGCGCGUUGCCGGCCAAGUUAAUGUACGAAGGCUUGAUGCCGGCGGAAGCCCGCGCUUGGUGUUGGAGAUCGCCACUAACGACAAGGGCAUUUUACUCGACACCUUCACAGACGAAGAUGCUCAGGCCAUGAAAAUUAGUGUACCCAAGAAGUACAAUGCCCUGGACCCAAACAUCUGGCCUUGCGUCGAAAUGCGCGCGACUAUCUGGGUCCCUGAAGACGCCGAGAUUGGAGUAUUAUCGUUAGGCUCGGCCCAUCUUGACAUGCUAUUUUUGGAUGAUCUGUCUCUCCACGUGGCGGGCUACACGAGGGUCUCUUCCAUCGUAGGGGAUAUCACAUCCGGUACGGAUCACCCUACAUCGUACAACAACUCUGGCCUCAUGCUCUCAGCCCCGGAUUAUACUUUCAUCCCUGCGAGGGAUUCAUACGUGCUUGACUCUCGUAUCAUUGAGGUCUCAACUACGUCGGGUAAAAUUGAGGGCAACUGGCCCCUUUACGAUAUGCUGGGGUUACACACGACCUCUGGCCACAUUACCGUAUCCAUCACUCCCAAGGAAGAGCUCAAAACGGACCCGAAAGCUGCUGUCUUGUCCUUGAGCUCGAUAUCUGGUGCCGUUAGCGCCACCGAGCCAGUGCAUUUGAGAGAGCAGAUCCCACUUCGUGAUUACCUCGUCGACGUUAAAUCAACUUCCGGAGGAAUACAUGGCGCACUCGCAUUCGGUGCCGGGAUCGAGCUGAAAAGUACUGCUAGUGAUAUUGCUCUUGAUCUACUCCCCGUCAUGAAUGAGGAGAGGGUUUCGCCGAAUCAACCAGCUCGGUUGGAGACUGUAACGACGAGCGGUUCCACAGCUAUCCGCAUACUUGAGCCAGUCUGGCACGGAGACAGGGGCCUGGGUGGCAGCCGGUCACUUAACUGCCUACAAUCUCUCCAUAAGUCCACUAGCGGGGACAUGGGACUACGGUAUCCCCAGGCGUGGGAGGGAUACUUACGCGCCGACACGACAAGCGGUAGAUUGAGGGUCAAGGGGAGAGAUGUCAAGAUCGUCAAAUCUGUUGGGGGUUGGCCGGGAUCUACAUUAGAAGCUCAGAAAGGUGCCAAUGGUCCUGGGUCGAGCAUCCAGGUCCACGUGCUCAUGGGCAAUAUGGAAGCUACCAUUGGGAGGGAAGAAUGAAGAAUAAAGAAUGAAAGGAGUGUAUGGAUAUAGCCAUAGUGUUAAGUACAUACCUAUGAAGUUGGAAUUGAUGACUUGGGAUAUUCUGCCUAGCAUUACGAGGAAAGGUGUGAAUAGUCUCGCAUUCGUUUGUUAUGGC